AUGGGUGUGCAUUCCUUGGACGAUUUGGAAGGCGAAGUACUUGGCACAGGCCUCAAGGAAGCGGGGGAUUCCGAGUCAAAUUUUUUAGCGGAGCCGAAGAGGCAUGCGCUGCAGCUGCAAGAUGGUGACUGGGCACUGGCCGGCGAUCUCUUGUGGGAUGGGGUGUCCCAGCAGCCUUUCACUUCGCACUGCGUGGUCAUCCGCGAUGGCCGGAUCCUGGCGGUGUGCCCCAUAGAGACUGCCACCGAGGGAGGCCUUGCAGUGGAACAUCACAGCGGCUGCCUCAUGCCAGGCCUCAUUGAUGCUCAUGUUCACAUGGAGUUCAGUGAGCACUUCCCCUUGCACCAGCAACCGGUCCUCAGUGCAGAAGAACUGAUGGAGUCAAUGGCCGAACGGGGGCAGAGGAUGUUACGCGCGGGGAUAACCACAGCUCGGGAUCUCGGCGGUAGGAACUUUGCAGCUUUGAGACUGCGCGAGGAGAUCCGCCAGGGCCACUUGUUGGGGCCACGCUUGCUGUGUGCUGGGCAGCCGCUGACUGCACCGAAGGGGCAUUGCCAUCAAUGGGGCGGAGAGGCUGGCUCGAUGGAAGAAGCCUUGACGGUGGUGGAGCGUCAGGUGUUGAACGGUGCUGACUGGAUCAAAGUCAUGGCCACAGGUGGCAUGCGCACUCCUGGCACCAAUGUGGAGGAAGCCGCGUUCAGCACGGACUUCCUGGUGGAGGUGGUUCAGAAAGCUGCAGAACACGGCCGGCCUGUUGCAGCACAUGCCCACGGUGCCAAAGGAGUCAUCGCGGCUGUGGCCGCUGGAUGCCGCACGGUGGAGCAUUGCACCUGGAUUGCCAAAGCUGGUGACUGGGGCUGUGUGAAUGAGAAGACCAUAGAGGACAUGGCGCGCCGGGGGGUCGCAGUGGCACCCACAGCUCACGCAAACUGGCGGACCAAACCCAUGGGCGAGCGCAAUUUCGAGCGUAUGUCCCUAGCCCUUCAGAAACUGCGAAGAGCUGGCGUGCAGCUGUUGGCCUCAUCGGAUUCCGGGGCAAUACCAGGCCUUUCGCACGACGCCUUGGCUGGAGGUGUUCAGAUUCUUGCAUCGAUGGCAAGGAUGACACCAGUGGAGGCUUUGCGUGCUGCAACGAGUGCCAGCGCGGAAUGCUUGGGCGUCGGCAAUGAGUGUGGGCGUUUGGCAGCCGGUCUCUCAGCAGAUUUGCUGCUUGUGGCAGGUGAUCCCACAGAGGAUCUAACAGCAUUGCAGCGAGUGGGCCUGGUGGUGGCUGCCGGACGCCGUGUUGAGCUGUUGGUGCCGCCGCCACCAAUGCUGCCAAUGCCAAACUUUCAGACGGUCACUUGGAAGCAACGGGGAUUCCAGGAGGUUUUGGGACAAAAAAAAGAUGGCUUCGAGCCUGCAGCCCCAGUAGGAUGCAAUGCACUUCCUUCACAUUUUGAUACCUUACCGGGCACUGCAUUGGUUCUUCAUGCCGCUUUUGGCGCUAGGUCUGCGGUGCUGGUGAACGCCAAGAAUCUGGGAGAGGAGGUGAGCCAGAGCGACGUCUACAAGAACUGGAACAAUUUCGGUGACGUCUUGGACAAGAAGUUGGAAGCAGAGGAAUACAUCAAACAGUCCGGCUUGGACUAUACCAUCAUUCGGCCAGUGCCCAUGACCAAUGACUUUCCAAAGGAUGUAGGCGGCUUGUAUUUCGCAAAGCCCGAUUCGCUGCUUCUGCAAGAUGGAGAUGUUGGGAAGAAAGUGAGUCGCGACGACGUGGGACUGGCCAUUGUGGAUGCCAUUUUCAACCCCAAGGCGUCGCGAGGUACCUUUGAGCUGACGGGUGUCCCAAAUGCUCCACCCACGCCACGGGAGGAGUGGUGGGAGCCAAAGAGUGGGAAGAAAGCCACCUGA